AUGCUGCUCACGCUGUACACCUGUCUCCUCUGGCUGUCUACCAGUGGGCUCUGGACCGUUCAGGCUAAGGGCUCUGACACUGACGUGAGCACAAGGAACCCUCACCGGGACUUGGCUCCAAACAAUGUUGACUUUGCCUUUACCCUGUAUAAGCACUUAGCGGCCUCAGCUCCAGGCAAGAAUGUCUUCAUCUCCCCUGUGAGCAUCUCCAUGGCCUUAGCUAUGCUGUCCCUGGGUGCCAGAGGCUACACACGGGAGCAACUUCUCCAAGGCCUGGGCUUCAGCCUUGCUGAGAUGUCCGAAGCUGAGAUCCACCAGGCCUUUCGGCAUCUCCACCACCUCCUCAGGGAGUCAAACACCACCUUGGAAAUGACCAUGGGCAAUGCCUUGUUCCUUGACCACAGCCUGGAGCUUCUGGAGUCAUUCUCAGCAGACACCAAGCACUACUAUGAGCUGGAGGCCUUGACCACAGAUUUUCGGGACUGGGCAGGAGCCAGCAGGCAGAUGAAUGAGUAUAUCAAGAAUAAGACACAAGGGAAAAUUGUGGACUUGUUCUCGGAGUCAGAUAGCUCAGCCAUGUUCAUCCUGGUCAACUACAUCUUUUUUAAAGGCAUGUGGGUGCACUCCUUCGACCUGGAAAGCACCAGAGAAGAGAACUUCUAUGUGAACGAGGCGACCACAGUGCGGGUGCCCAUGAUGUUCCAGUCGAACACCAUCAAGUACCUGAACGACUCGGUGCUCCCCUGCCAGCUGGUACAGCUGGACUAUACAGGCAAUGAGACUGUCUUCUUCGUGCUCCCAGUCAAGGGGAAGACGGACUCGGUCAUCACCGCGCUGAGCCGGGACACCAUUCAGAGGUGGUCCAAGUCCCUAACCAUGAGCCAGGUGGACCUGUACAUCCCAAAGAUCUCCAUCUCUGGAGCCUAUGACCUUGGGGGCAUCAUGGGGGAUAUGGGCAUUGCAGACUUGCUCAGCAACCGGACACAUUUCUCAGGCAUCACCCAAGAGGCCCUGCCGAAGGUGUCAAAGGUGGUCCACAAGGCUGCGCUGCAGGUCGAUGAGAAGGGCUUGGGGGCAGCCGCCCCAACCCGGGUCAGCGUGAGCGCCGCGCCCGGGCCGCUCACCCUCCGCUUCAACCGGCCCUUCAUCAUCAUGAUCUUCGACGAUUUCACAUGGAGCAGCCUCUUCCUGGGCAAGGUUGUGAACCCGACCGAAGGUGCACUCCCAGGAGCCACCUGCGUCUGA